GAAGUGGGCCAGCCACUCAGAUCAGACAGGCAAGCCUCUGUGUUAGUUAACACUUCACUGUCAGAGGAGUGGGGUAGAGAAAAGAGAAGAGCAAGGACCGAGAUUUUAAUAAAACCUUUAAACAGCAGAAAAUGUUACAGAGGGCAGCAUCCAAUGUGUCAGACAAAGCAAAGAGCUGCAAACCAAAGCGCUCCACGAGCUUCGGCAGAUUUGAGGGCCUCAGACAUCAUUCAUCACCGGCCAAACCAGAGGAAAAUGGAACUAAUAUGCUCACAGAAGAAUGUGAAAGCUCAGAACCACACAAAUCAGCUGGACUUGGGAAGAAGAUGAAGGCAAUUUCACUGACCAUGCGCAGAAAAAUGGGCAAAAAGCACGCCAAGUCUUUCUCAGAGGAGACGGGUGAUGACCAAGACCCAGAGGCAGAGACAGAGAGCAGCCCUCCAGCUGAGAAAAACUCUGCAAAGACAUGCAACUCCUUAGAAAGUCUUUAUAGUGGCCAGAGUUCCUCUAGUUCAGGUGGUGUGACCAGUGAGUCCAAUGGUUCUGGUCAGAAAGAGAGUGUGAGGCUGGAGGAGGAUGGCUCCUACCAGGGACAGUUCUGUGGCAGAGCUCGCGUCCACACAGACUUUGUUCCCAGCCCGUAUGACUCAGACUCUCUCAAACUCAAGGCUGGCGACAUCAUCAAUAUCAUCAGUAAGCCUCCGAUGGGCAUCUGGACAGGCAUGCUAAACAACAAAGUGGGAAACUUCAAGUUCAUCUAUGUGGACAUUUUGGAGGAGGAGGAGGAAGAAGAGGAAGAAGCUCCCAAGAUCAGACAACAGAGACUCUGCAAAAGACCACGACCUAAGACGUUGCUGGAGUUACUGGAGCGACUGAAUCUGGAGGAGUAUGCCAAUGCCCUGCUGCUAAAUGGCUACCAGACGGUGGAGGACCUCAUGCACCUGCAGGAGAAACACCUGAUAGAGCUGAAUGUCAAAGACCCCGAGCACAGACGCAGACUUCUCGCUGCUGCUGAAUGCCGCUACACAGAAGGUGAUGAUGUCAGAGAUGCGGAGGAGCACAAAUCUUCCCACAGCCCACAGGAAGAAGACAGCGACUGUCCCAGAGACUCGGGUUGCUUCAUCCCAUCUGAAUGUUCAGACAGCAAAGAGGACGCAGAGCAGCUCACAGAAGCUGUGGAUUCAUAACGUGCUCAUUUUUCAGAUGGAUACUUUGACAUUUGGAAUUCAAAGUUGGGUAUUUUUGUCAUGUUAAUAUCCUUUAACAAGCUUUUUAUACUAAAAGUCAUCUUAUCCGUCUUUGUCACUUUAUCACGAUAAUAAUCAAAUUUUAAGUUUUGAGCUCUGGAUGGUUUUUUAUUAUUGUUGUUGAAGAGGUGACAUCUCAUUGAUUUAAUGUCACUUGUAUUUAUUGCAUUCUAAAUCUUUCAGUGUUAUUGCGUAAUGCCUUUAUUUAAUUUUUUACCUUUCUCAUCACAUCCAAUCUCAAUUCAAUAUUCAGUGUAAUAUUUUCUUUUCCUGUGAAUGACAUAAUAUUGUUCAACGAAUGCUUUUGAAAAGUAGUGUCUGGGUUUGAACAGUGCAGAUUCUGAUCUUGCCUAUAAUGUAUACUGUACACGAAAAUGUAUGUUAUUUUGUGUGUAUGUGUGUGAAUGAGAGAGCAUGUGAGAGAGAGUGUGUGUGAAAGAAUUCAUCUGUUCAUCACAAAUUUUUGUAAAUAAAAUUAAAGAAAUACAAUUAAAUAUGA